UGGGAGCUGGGUGGGGGAGCUCGAACAGGCGCUAGAGGGCGCCGCAGCCCCUCCGUCUCUCCCUCUGCCUCCUCCCAGCAGCUGAGCGAAUGGAAACGGAUCAGGAGCGCACGUUUCCUGAGUCGGGGAAGGAGCGGGGCGCGCUCUGAUUGUUGAGUCCCGGCGCCGCGGGCGACUCUGGGCUGGAGCCGGAGGGAGGAGGCGUCCCAGCCGCCAUCCUUGCAGCUCGGGCUGGCCGUCGCCCUGCCUAAUUUGCUGCAUUUCCCGCUCCCACUUCGCGGUCGCCUCCGGCAGCGUCGGGCUCGCCGCUCGCCGCCUUCCUCCUCCUCCUCCUUCCAGCCGCUGCGUUGCUCCGGGUUUCUGGUUGCAUCGGGAACAAAGGAAGGGCAUUUGCCCCCCUCCCGCUCCUCCCCGUCCCUCCCCUCCCCUCCCCUCCCUGUCCCUCUGGGCUCCCGACGCGUCUCUCAGCCGCGGGGGACAGCCGAAUCGGCCGUGCCUUCCUCGUCCAACCGGAAUCAAAAUGUCUCGGCUGCUGCCGUCGAGGCCCCGCAGCCAGGCAGGGCUGCCGCCGCCGCUCCUGCUCCUCCUGCUCCUGGCCGGCCACAUCGCCCGGGCUCAACAGUGGCGGAAUGAAAAUUUUGAACGGCCUAUUGACAUGGAAGGCUCGGGGGACGAUUACUCCUUUGAAGAUGAAGAACUAGAGGAAAUGGAGGACUUCUAUUCGGGAUCUGGCUCGGGAUAUUUCAAGCAGGACCCUGAAUCCAAGACAGUUGUGCGACUCACCACAGAUUCACCCAUCCUUCUUGCUACCACCUCAGCUGUGUUGCCUGUCACAUCUGUGCAACCAGUUGCCACCCCUUUGGCACCACUCCCUACAGAGGAAGUUAUUUCUAAUUCAGCUACCAACGGUCUGUACAUCCCCAGAAUUUCAGAAACACCAGCAGUCACCAUCUGGAAAGCAGUAGGUGUUACUGCAACUACUGCAGCCCGCGAUGUCACUACUACUACUACUACUACUGCUGCUGCUGCUACUGCUGCUGCUGCUGCUGCUUCUACUAUGGCUACGACAGCCUCCACCACAACAGUUACCUCUAAACCAACAACUGCCCUGAGGGACCUGCUGCCUGUGAUCACAAUUGUUGCUGUGACACAGUCAAUGAUGCUUGAAACCCCAACUGUAGCCAGAACGGAAAUUCCAGCUUCUCCCGUGGGGACCAGUGAGACAAAGGUCAGAGAUACAUCACAGCUCAGCACUUCACAGGAACCAGAUGUUACAACAAUGCCCCAGCCUCCUACAGCAACACCAACAGAUGCUGCUCAGGCAGAACCCAUGGAAACGUCCCUUCCCACAGUUACAGUGAACGAACUUGAAGUUCCCAUCAGUGGGGACUUCGAAAUUCAUGAGGAAGAGGUAGCUCAGACCGAGCUUGGCAAUGAAGUGGUGCCCCUGGUCACCCCUGCAGCCGGGCCAGGAUUGAAAAAGAAAAUGGAACCAGGGCUCCUAGACAAUACAAUAGAGUCUGGAAAUUCAGCAGCACAACUCCCCCAGAAAAACAUAUUGGAAAGGAAAGAAGUGCUCAUAGCUGUGAUUGUGGGAGGGGUCGUCGGGGCCCUCUUUGCCACUUUCCUGGUGAUGCUUUUGAUCUACCGGAUGAAGAAGAAAGAUGAAGGAAGCUACACGCUGGAAGAGCCCAAACAGGCAAGUGUCACAUACCAAAAGCCUGACAAGCAGGAGGAAUUUUAUGCAUAGACUGGAACUUCAGGUGCCUCACAAUCUCUUUCAGUCUCAAUGCUGUCCUUUUUUAAAAAACAACAACACUACAAACCCAUCUCUGAUUCAACUUGUCUCUUUCUAAUCAAGUCUAUCAAGUUUAACUCAAAAGUUUGAAGAAACCAACCAUUUUAAAAAGAGUUGCUCAUUUUUAGAAGGCAACAAAGCUGACUUGCAUUGUAGCAUGGGAGAUCCUGAAAGGAGUGCCGAAGUGGGGGACCCAAGAGAUAGAUCUUUUGACUGUCUCCUAGAAGAUCUUCUGGAAUUAACAGGAAGUCCUGGUCUCAUGCCUAACUCAGGACUAGAGCACUGAUCUUUUUUAAAAUUAAGUGGACACUUUUGGUUGUCGAUACUUUCUGAUACUAUUGAAGACAAGGGUUUGACUUCAUGUGGUAGAAGAUGCAAUAUUUGAUAGAACGGCUGCUCAUAGGCCACCACCUCUUCCAACUGAGCAACUGUGCUGGAGUUGACCCUUGGGAUUGCUUCCUUGAAGAUAUCAUCUGGUUUGCAGGGGCACUCCUUGUAUCUUGCUUCCUUUCUCCCUUCAUCUCAUCACUGUUCACAGCCAAAAGACAUCAGAUGCUACCUUUCUCUUGCAAACCCACCCUAAGCUUGCCUUGCUUUCCAGCUGAAGCUUGUGCCCAGAUUUAUUGGGAUUCAUUGUGACGUUAAAUCUUGAUUAGCACAGUAUUGCAAGUCUAGGCAAGAGGCUGAAGAGCAUUUUUCUAAGAUAUUGAUCAUGAGGAGGAGAUGGCAAUACCCAUUUUUUUUAAAAAAAAUAAGUCAAGCUAUCUUCUAAAAUCCUGUAGGAAAUAGAUGAUAUUUCACACAUCUUGAUGAAUGGUGUGGUCAUUUCUUCAUUGGCGGGGGACUGGUGGGAGGUUUAUUGGGGAAACCAAGAGUAGAGUGAUGUGAGCCUAGAUCUUUGAUUCCAUGGAACUCUGUAAAUAGAUGAAAUAAGUACAGUAUAUAGAGGGGGGGGGGAGAAUCCUGAUUCUUCUGAAGCAGUAAGUGGUAGAGUAACAGUAAGCAUAAAAGAGAAACGUUUCGGUCAAGUUUGUUAAGCAAGUUCAUAUUUUAUAACAAUGUAGGAGAGGUGACUGUGCUGACCCCAAAGAGUUAUAAGGAUGUUAUAAACCCCAGUCUGAACAAAGAACAAGAAUAAAAAUGGUAAAUGAUCCAGAUAAUUGGAAUGUUGGAAACCAUGCAAUAAAAUCAAGCAGUGGAAAGAACCAGUGUUUAACCUAUUGGAAGGUGAAGUCAAAAUAACAAAUAUGUAGUAAUUGUUUGAAAAAAGACAAAUGAAUGAUAAAUGUGCUGUAAUUAUGUCAGUAAUAGAAUGUUGUUACAAGAUGCUUGUUGUUCUUGAUAAUUGAUAAUUCCUGUUGCAUUAACUGAAUGUUGUACACAUGCACCUUGAGUAGAGUGCAAUGACCAAAAGCUGUGAUCAUAUUAUUUGUGGUUGUGAAGAAAGUAGAAAGGAUGUAGAGUUGUACAUUAACACACUCCCGACAAAUUCAUAUGGAGAGAAGCUGGGAAUUAUGUUUUUAAAAAGUAGUGAAAAUGGAAAAAAUAUCAAAGGUGCAGAUAAGUAACUUCCAGCAUCUAAAAGCUUGUCAAAGCCAUUGAAGGGGAAAAAAGAGUGUUGUUUUUAGAACAAUAGUAAUUUUUAUUGAAUUUUCAAACCAAUACAGUUAAUUAUAGUAGUACUUCUAGUAAUAAAACAAGUAAUAAUGAUUAAGAACCAAAUUAAUACACUUCAUUUCAUUUCAACCAUCUUGAGUAAAUUAUACAUCUAAAAAAUUAAACAGCGCAAAAGAAAAAAAAGAAUGAAAAAAUAUAAAAAACA